AUGAAUCUACUUCAAAAUUCCGAAAGCAAACGUUGUCUCGAUUUGCACAAUGAUAUGAUUAAAUUUAUCAAUACAAAAUUGGCACAGCUGUUCAAACAAGAGAACCAAACGCAGAUUGUUCAAAUCGAUCGGCAAUAUCGAUACGAUCUAAACGUAGAUCCAAUUAGUUUAGAAUUAUCAGAAAAACUUGUUUAUGAUGAUGCGGGUUAUAUCAUUCGAAAUGAGAGUCGACAAUGA